AUGAACAAUUAUCCAUUGCGUAUGUAUUUUGUCGUUAUAAUGGAGUUUCUGGAACGAUUUUCUUUUUCGAGCCUUCGAUCAGUACUAUCAUUUUACAUCCGAGAUCAUUUGUUGUACAGCGAAAGACAAUCAGUUGACAUUUAUCAUGUAUUUAUGAUGCUUUGUUAUAUGUCAGCCAUAAUAGGAGGGUUAGUAGGAAAUAGUAAUUACGGUAAAUAUAAAUCCAUCCUCACAUUUUCAAUUGUAUAUUGGAUUGGAAUAUUGAUCUUAUUUUGGUCAACUGUACAAACCAAGAAUUCUGUAUUAAACUUCACGACACUGUACGGUCUGGUUUUUGUUUCGAUUGGUGUGGGUGGUAUAAAAUGCUGUAUCGCAGCAUUUGGCGUGGAUCAGCUCAUCGGAAAUAAUCAAAACGUAACCUCAACACAGGUACACGGAUUCUUCAGUACGUUCUACUUUUCCAUACACUUAGGCGUGUUAUUCGGAAUGAUUACUUCGCCAAUCAUGAACAAAAUUUUGUUGUACAAUGGACAUAGUAUCAACGAAUAUUCUAUGAGAUUUGGAAUGGUGGUCAUCACGAUGGCAAUCUCAAUAAGUAAACAUAGAGCCUAUUGUGCUUUAAAUCAUAACCUGCUUAAAUUGAUAUCCUUUAUUAUUCAAAUUUUAGGCGUAUUUGUUUGCGGAAGCCCUUACUACUUCUUCAAAAAAUAUCUUACUAAUAUUCUACCUAAAAUGAUAAAAUGUAUUUUACUUUCUUUGUGGAAACGAUUAACAUCACGCUGCGAUGAGAAAAAAAAUAAACAUUGGUUAGAAUUAGCAAAAGAUUCAUUUUCAAACGAAAUCAUAAAUGACACGAAGAAAACGUUACACAUACUUUGUCUUUAUAUACCUUUAUCGGUAUUUUGGAGCUUAUUCGACCAACAACACACAACUUGGAUUUUUCAAGCAUCGCGGACAAGCGACCAUUUACUUGGCAUACCAUUUACAGUGUACAUGCUACAAGUGGUAAAUCCCUUGCUCGUGCUGUUUACUAUUCCAUUUAUGGACCGUAUAGUUUAUCCCUAUUUGAAGAGCCAUAAACUAUUUAAGUAUCCUCUAAAACGAAUGUUGCUUGGUGGUGGUAUAGCUGGUAUAGCAUUUAUUUUUGCCGGAUGUCUAGAAAAAUGUUUAGAGGGGAAUAUUCAAGAUAGAAAUAUACAUAAUACAAACGCAUACACAAAAGAACAUAUAGCAAACAUAUGGAUAUCAAAUUUAGGCUCACAAAAAUUUAACGCAACUGGAUAUAUUAUUUUGGAUCAUAAUAUUACAGCUCCAGAAUAUAUGAAAAAAAAAUCUAUAAAAUAUCGAAUACCGAAAAGAAAAGGCCAAAUAUUUAUAAAUGACAAAGGAAUAGUGAAAAAGUCAAUUGUAUUAUUAGUAAUGGAAAAUAGUUUAAUUAAUUUGCCUUCAGCAGUGCUUGUGCCAGAAAAUUUGUACAUGACUUCGGAAAAAAAGCAUCCAUACAUGAUACAUAUAAUUGUCCCAUCAAAUGAAGAUGGCAGAAUAUGGUUACGCAUCAAAAAUCUUACACUCGAGUCUACAUCUAAUAAUAAGAUAACAAUUUUCGAGGAAUCACUUCCCAUUUCUCAAUUUCAAAAUAAAACAAUUUUGAAAAUUCCUUCUGGUUUGUAUACACUGACGAUACAUUAUACGGAUAAAAAACAAAAACCGAUAGCAAUGAACGUCUUAAAAUUUGGAACCAAUUCUAUUUACAUAUACAGAAAUGAAUAUGAUAAUAAUUUAAUAAAUUCUAAAUUCAAAUCGAAUGCGGUUUUACAAACUCAUGUUUUAAGUAAAGAGUGGUUAUUACCUCAAUUUGUUUGUAUGACAUUUGGCGAAACACUGUUUACAAUGACUGGAUUAUCGUUUUCCUUUUCAGAAACUCCUGAAUCAAUGAAAACUGUGUCAAUAUCUAUGUGGUAUUUUUGCGUGGCCCUCGGGAAUUUAACUGUAAUUUUUAUCAACAAAUUUGUAACGUUUGAAAAGAAAUCCAACAUGUUUUUUAUGUUUGCUUUCAUUGCACUUUUAACGAUAAUCGUCACUAACAAGUUAAGUAACACGUACGAAAAAUUAUAUUACAAAAAAGAAACGGAAAAUGAAAACGAUAGAGAUAACGCGAAUUUAGUGAUGUUAUUAAAAAAGGAGAGUUAUCAACUAUCGUUCUGA